AUGUUGUCCACGACUACAAAUCUCCUCAGAACACAGACCCGGACCUCAAAUUUCUCCACUUUGCAGAGUGCAAUUCCUCUUGCAAGAAACACCAUACGCUCCUCGCUCCGACCUUCCCGACUCUUUGCACAGAAAUAUCAGGUUCAAAAAUCAGCUUCAACCCAUGAAAAAGCAUUAGCAGCGCUGGCAAGAUUAUCCAAACGCGAUCCACCUCGGCAUCCGUCAAAGCGCACCCCUGGUAAUGAAUCUCGUGAUAAUCUUGCUGAUCGCGUUGAGAAAGCUCUAAAAGAAGCUGGCUUGCGCACAUGGGGCUUCCCUAUUUAUCGAUGCACCUAUCAAAAUGAUUCCAACUGGGCCGAAUUUUUAGAUCGGUACCGAUGGCAUAUCUCUGACAUGCUCAAGAACUAUAAUGGUCUAGACAUGCUUGAUAGUUUUCAGACUACUGUCGUCGAGGACCGAGCCCUUUUUGAAGGUGCGAGCACGGCGACAAUCCGUGAGCAUUUCCAGAGAUGGGCAACGACUGCUAUUCAGGAAGAAUCAGGCGGCUCGCCUGAUAUGAUUCGGUACUCUAACGUUGAAGCGGCGCGUUAUCAGUUCUGUCUUUUUGUUGAUGAAGAGUCCUUGCAAAGUGUUCUUCGGGCACCUAUUGACGACUGCAUCAAUAAAGAUGCAUUCGUGAAUAUGCUGUAUGGGUGGUGGAAACCUGAGUCUAUUGAAGAUUUCAGCCAGGAAGAUCUUGAAGACGUAGAGAAGCCAGAGGAUCUACUUGAUGAUGGUUAUGAUCCUAUCGAAGGGUGUACUCUAAGGGAUGUUGGGUGGAUGAAGGUUGCUUUAUGUGACGCGGGGCUGGAAGGUUUUAUAAAGAUGGGCGAGUAUGGUGAGUGGGAAAGAUUAUAUGAGCGUCCUCAUGAGAUUUGUUAUAAUAUCUCGAAUUUCCAUGCUCGGCGAUAG